AUGGGAGAUAAAAUAUACCACCCAAAUGUCCUUACUCCUGACCAGAUCAUUGCAAAGCUCUCCAGCGUCUUUGAAAGCGGCGUUGGAGGCGAUCUAUUCUUCUACGAUAGCACGACGUCGACGCACAUAGAGCACGGCAUAGAGUAUGAGAUAAGGAAAUGUCCAGCGCUGCUCCUCAAGCCCGUUAUGCCCACACCUCACUUCUCCGCGUCACCGCCGAAGGGGAAGCCUGAUCCAUUUGAGCCACCAUACUCAAAGGACUUACUAGUGGGUGAGCUCCAUGGGGAAAAUGACUCGAAGUAUAUCAUUAUGGACCUUACAAGAGUCACCAAGUUCAGCGUAGUCAAGCACCAUUUCCUCCUUAUUACGAAAGAGUACUUGCCCCAAUCAACGCCGCCCACUCCGGAGGACCUGAUAGCGGUUUACUCUCUCAUCACCGCCGCAUCCCGCGCUGGAAACCCCUUUUUCGGGUUCUUCAACUGCGGUGUCAAGAGUGGCGCAAGCCAAGGCCACAAGCACCUCCAGCUUUUCCCACUAUCUUCCCCCGAUGGUCCACCGAUCGAGGUAUUAGCUAGCCGGACGAAUCUCGAAAAUGAUUCGAAACCAUUUGCCCUCCCGGGUGUCCCAUGGGCUCAUUAUGUUCGGCGUUUCCCCCCUCACUUCGCCUCGUCCUCGACGCCAACAGAAGAACUGUACGAAACAUUGACGGAGGCAUUUAUGUCUCUCCUUGAUCUUUCCAUUGUUUCGAUCCGACAUGACAAUGAAAACGAGCACGAGACGGGUGCACUCAAUUAUAACCUCCUUAUUACCAAAUCGCAUAUGCACAUAAUACCCCGUUCGCAUGACAAGCACGUUCUCGGACAGUCAGGAGAUGCAGUCUCUGUGAAUUCUGUUGGUUUUGCCGGCCUCUUGCUCGUCAAGAGUGAUGCUGAGUCCGAAGCGGUCACAAUGGAAGGUGUACAAAACAUUUUGAGGUGA